AUGCUAGAUUUCAUAUCAAUAGUAUUAGCGCGUGCCAUUUUGCAGCUGGCAGCCAGCGUCAUAGCACCGCCAUUACCCUAUAUCGUUACACGGCAGUCACGCGAGGUAUUGGAGUACAUCGCUUUGAAAGAGGCAAGACGACUUGACCACUUCGAAGGCACGCGACAUAUAAUAUACUGGAUUGUAUGGUCAUAUACACGUAUAUACCCCAAACUGUCACCUAUCGCUAUCACAAAGACACUCAUAUUUAUAUUUGAUGUCCUCUCGGCAGCCUUCUGGUACUUCGCAGUUCGUCUAUUGCCGCGGGCUAAGUUGAACAAGAACAACCAUGUGGAAGGUUAUAAUUUCGCAACAUCACCGUGGUUCAUCGCAGGGUUACAUCUACUGAACCCUUUUUCGGUAUGUCAUGAGAUCAAAGUUAUACAUGUGGUCCAGAUAGCAUACAAUGAAGGCUCAAAUGCGGAUGGAGUUGGGUACUUUUGGAUAUCGUUCGCUGUUUUCGCAGCAGUCAACCUAAAUGUACCCAGAUAUAUCAACACAAUAGCAUAUAUAAUAUACCAAAUCGCAGCUACAGGACUUGUAAUCAAUGGAUCGUUCAAGAUGUAUGCAGUGAUACCCGCGUUGACCAUGUUGGCCAUCCAUAAACGUCUGAAAUUGAGCUCUGAAGCAUCCAUUACACGCAAUGAUUUGAAACAGAUGGCAAGGUUCAUAGUACCGCAUGUGCUCGUCACAGCGUCGCUGUUGUUGCUAUACCACUCAAAUAACGGAUUGACGGAGCUGAAACAAACAAUUGUGAACGAUUACACCGGCCGCGGUACAGGGAUCAACUACUCAAUAUACUGGUAUAUGCAUAGAGUAGUACCAACAGUAUUCAAGGCAGGUAACACUAUGAAGUCCCAUAUGAUGCUAUUCCUGGUACCGCUGCCGUUACUAGUGCUACUUCGACUGCGGCCUUUGGAGUGCCUCAUCACCACGCUGGCCAUCGCGUUGAUCCAACAUCCCCAACUGUCGAUACUGGGAAUAUGGUACACUAUAUCUCUACUCGCGGUACACUACCCGAUGCUGGACAAGAGCAUCGGGUUUACGAAAAUGAUGAUGGUGGCUAUCGCGGCCAUGCUAUUCUCUAUCACGGCAUAUGUGGUAUGGGUGGAACGGUAUAUCGCAAACCCAAAUUACUUCUUCGCGCCACAGAUAAUAGUUAUGCUCAUACUGUGUAUGGUACUGGAAGACUACACCAGCGCUAACCUACAGCUGUCUAAUUCAGGACGGAACCAUGAAAAGCAUAGAGAACAUGGGCGAUGCCGUAGAAGCGUUCAAACACGCGUGCAGAGCAGUGAUGGAAUGCUGGUGAGUCAAUAUGUAAUGGAACCAGACACUUUCAGGACCGCUUUAAAUCUAGCAGUAGAAAAUAAUUGGGGCGGAGAAGAUUCGAGCCAAAAACGCGACCAGCUAGUACAACUAGUCACAGAAUACUGCAUAUCAAAAAAGGUGUUAUACAACGAUGAAGUAGAAGAUAUACUAAUAGAUAGGAUGCAAACACUAUUCUCCGUGUAUAUAGAAGACGGGAGCGAGAUUGAAAUAGCAACAUUGCUAGUGCAACUACACAGGGCAUGCAGCGCCGGUGAACUGCAGUUUGCACAGGAAAUAUGUAACAAGUUGACAAAAUGCGAUAGCACACAGUGCCAUGCAAAAGAUCAGGUACAAGAAGUAUCGGAUUCCGAAAAUGAAGUUGAACAACAAGAACAAACUAAAAAUAGUACAAAAAAAUCAACCAAAACUGAAUUGUUGGAUGAUGGAUGGACCAGAGUACUAUAA